AUGUCCCAACAACAACAACAACAACAGGAGGAAGAAAUUGAUCCAACAUUGUUGAAUUAUAGAAACUUGACAUUGUAUGUAAAAAAGGGUGAAAGUAAGGAUGUUGUCUCGGCAUUGAUCAGAGAGAAUGAAAGUUCAAGUCAAUCAUCCUCUUCCGAAGAUAUUCAAAAUAAUGUGGAGGAGGCUUUUUCCAAGACUGUUGAUGAAUCUACAUUCCGAAUUGAAGAAUUAGAUGAGGAGAGUUUAGAAAAAUUAUUAGCAGAAUUAUUAAAAGAUCAAGAUGAUCAAGAAGUGUCAAUUCAACAAAAUUAUCUAAUGAGAGAACAAUCACUAAAACCUCCAGAACCUGGUACUGUUGAAAUUAAACAACAAGUUGAAUUUCCUCCUAAAUUAGAUCAAUUAGAAACUGCCAUAAAUUCUGUAGGAAAUUAUCUGGCAGAAAAGGCAACAGAAAACAAGAAACAAGAAACAAACUUUAAAAUCAUUAGAUCUGUUCCAACUGGAAAGCAAAAUUCGGAAAUAAGUUCAGUACCAUUUAUUUCCAUUACAUUUAGUCAUGAUAUGAUUGAAGAAUUUGAUGGAGAACCAAAAUCAUUUGAAGAAAUUGAUUUUGUUGAAAUUAGUCCAGUCACUGAAAAUGUUAAGGAAGGAAAAUGGAAAUGGAUUGGAACUAAAUCUUUAGUAUUUCAACCAAGAUUCAGAUUUGAUAGAUCUAAUGAAUUCACUUACAAGAUUCUGAAAGAAAAGACCAAAUCUGUGUUUGGUAACACGAUUGAAGAAGAUUUGGUGGUCACUUUCAAAACGCCAACAUCACGCACUCUCUCAGUUAUUCCUUCGUCAACAAGUUUCCCAAUUUCCGAACUUCCUUUCAUUUUCCUUCAAUUUGAUCAAGAUAUGGAUAAGCAAAGUGUUCUUGCACAUUUGUCAAUAACAGUUUCUUCUAAAUCUAUUGGUGUAGAAGUAUUAGAAGAAACAUCAAUUAUUUCCAAAAUGUUGGAAGAUUUGGAUUAUGCUAAAAAGUUUCCAUAUGUUUUUGGAUCAUACAAUAGAUGCCUUCAAGGCACAUAUGACCCAAAGAGGUGUAUGUGGCUGAAGUUGCAUAUUGCCAAUGAAACUUUACAUGCUGGAAAGGAUUAUCCAAAAAUUGGAUUAGGAGAAUAUUUGAGUAUUUUAUUGAAAAAGGGGUAUAAGAGUUUGGAAGGACCAAUACCGUCAGCUCAUGAAUACUCGACAGGUAUUUAUGGUUAUUCCAAAAUGGCAGUCAACUAUCAUUACCCAAAGAAACAUUUAUUUUAUAAUGAUAUUUAUCCAGGAUGUUCAUUUACUUUCAGUUUCAACAAUCCAAUUGAUUUGGACAAGAUAGAAAGUAUUGAAACAUUUGUCCAAGUUGAACCAGCCAUUAAAAAUUAUAAGGUAACUUGUAAUGGUAAUAGUAUUGUAAUAUCUGGUGAUACACUUGCUAGAGAAAAGUAUCGUGUGAAAAUAUUGAAAGGUGUCCCUGAUAUUUAUAAUCAAAGCUUGGAAAAUGAAUAUGAAGCAACUUUUGAAGUGAGCGGAGAAGAUAGAGAAUUCAACAUGACUCUUUCAAACUCAACAAUUAUGCCACCUUGCUUGUUUGAUUCACAAGAUCCUUUUCUUUACUUUGAUUCUGUAAAUAUUCAAGAAACUCAUGUUAUUAUUAAUCAAGUUGAUCCUGUAGAAAUGUACAAGGAAAGCUCUUUUCCCAAGUUAGCUGCAAAAACAGUAUUUAAUUCAUAUGAUAAUUAUGAUUACUUUGAUUGGUAUCCUCGUAAACCUCACAAGAUUGGAAAGGAAGUUUUUGAUCAAAAGGUAAAACCUGAUAACUUUGUAAAAGAUAGAACAGUUUCAACCAAGAUUAUGUUAUCUCAAUAUCUCCAAAAUGGAAAGACUGGAUCUCUACUUGUUCACAUCAAACCAAAGAGAUCUAUUUUAUACAACUUAUUUAAUGGAUACGAAACCAAGUGGAUUCAAGUUUCAAAUUUGUGUGCUGAUAUUAUUAGUAUCACAGGAGAGAAGGCAGCAGUUUUUGUUACUGAUUUCUCAACUGGAAAACCAGUUCCAAAUGCCACAGUAACUUUAUCCUAUUCUACCAAUAAUACACCAACGAAAGAUGAAGACUUGAAUAUUAUCUCAACAAGUGAAACAACAAAUGAAAAUGGAAUGGCCUUCUUUUCCUACAGUCGUAAUUAUCACACUGUUUUGAUCAUUUCAAAAGAUCAAGAUCAAGUUGUGUACACAAAUCCAACAAUUUACUCUCAUUCAAUCCGAACCGACACAAUUUCUGCUCAUAUAUUUAAUGAUCGUGGUCUUUACAAGCCAAAUGAAAAUGUACAUAUCAAAGGUUUCCUUAGAGAUAUCAAGUACAAUUAUGAAAAGGGUUCUGAGAACUAUGGCACCUAUUCUAUUAGAGAACCAUCCACUGAAACUAAAGCUACCUAUGAAGUUCAGGAUUCUCGAGGUGUCAAAUAUUUGGAUGGAAAGAUUGAAUUGAGUCCAAGUGGAUCCUUUGUAUUGGAUUUAACUGUUCCUGAUAAUGCUAAUUUGGGUUCUCAUUCCUUGACAAUUUGCUAUGGAUCUAGAAAAUUUAACCACACUUUCAAUGUUCAAGAAUUUAGAACAAAAGAGUAUACAGUUUCUAGCAGCAUUAUUCCUUCAUCUGAUAAGGUGGAUUUGUUUAUUGGUGACAAAUUGGUAAAUAAGGUCAGCGCAAAGUAUUAUAGUGGAGGUGGCUUGUCCAAUUCCCAAGUUAACUACCAGUUCAACACAGAACCUGCAACCUUUAAUCCAGAAGGAUGGAGUAAUUAUGUCUUUCAAGAUACAGAUCUCAGAAAUAAUUACAAGCUCAAUACUCUUAUUGAAAAUAUGAAAUCCAAAUAUCAAGUAUAUCAAAGCUUUAACAGUGCAACUGACCCAAGCGGAGAUGAUCAUGCCUUUAUGCAGUUGUGGGAUCCAGAAAAAAUAGUAACUGGUCCAAUAAGCAUUAAUUGUAAAGCAAAUGUUCAAGAUAUUAAUAGACAAACACAAGGAACAUCUAGUGAGGUUAUUCUCCACUCUUGUAAAUACUAUGUUGGUAUUCGCUGUACAAAGAGAGUUGUUAUGAAAUCUGAUGAAAAUAUUGACUGCUUUUUCAUUGUUACAGAUAUUAGAGGUAAAAUUGUAAAGGAUAUUCCAAUAUCUGUAAAAUUGGUCAAGUUUGGUUAUGAUUCUAGGGGUUAUGAAAGAUGGGAAACCACUAAACCAAUCAAGGAAAUUAAUCUAACCUCUCAAAGUCAACCACUUCUUCAUACAUUUACCCUCAAUGAAAACACAAAUGAUACUGCCUAUGGAGAGUAUGCAAUUUUGUGUGAGGUAAAAGAGAGUGAAAGACCAAAAUUUAGAUCAGGCAUUAACAGAUGUAGUAUUCCAAUUCGUAAAUUUGGAUUUAAAGAACACUUGACAUCAAAGGGAUACACUUCACUCAGCACCAAUUCACUUGAGUUAAUUUCUAAUAAGUUUGAAACUGAUGAAUACGAGCCAGGUGAAGAAGCCAAAGUUUAUAUUGUCUCUCCAUUCAAUGGUGAGUGCUCUGGAUUUGCCUGGGUUUUAUGCAAUGGAUUAAUCAAAGAGGAGAGAUUUGACAUUACUAACGGUAUCCAUGAAUUGACCAUUCCAAUCAAGAAGGAAUACAGACCUAAUAUCCAAGUAAGAGUUCAAUUAUUUGGUACUGAAAAUUAUAUUGAUGUUGAUGACAAGCCAAGAGUUAAUCCAGCUCAUGCUACUGGAUCUCUAACCCUCAAUAUUUCCAAAACCGAGCAUGAACUCACUGUAACUGUCACUCCAAAGGACCCAAUCUUGAGUCCAGGAAAAGAAACUGAUGUCAGCAUUCUCGUAAAAGAUAAGCAAGGAAACAAUGUACCAAAUUGUGAGGUUUGUUUAAUUGUUGCUGAUCAAGCUGUUUUAGAUAUGGCCAAUUAUUCAGUUACCAAUCCAAUGUUUACCUUUGUUUCUAACAAUUCAUGCUCUGUUGAUUUCUCUUCGAUAAGAGAUCGAGUAAGAUAUUGGUUAUAUCCAAGAAAAAAUCAAAGAGAUGAAGAAAUCUUAGCAAUAAGACAACAGGCACUCCCUUCUUCAAAUUUGUGUGCAUGUGAUUUAGCUGGUUGCAGUGGAGGCCGUUCGCGUAAAUGCUGUGAACAAUGUGGCGAAUGUGACGAUAUGGCUCAAAAGGAAUGCAAACGUGAAAAGUGUUGCAAGAAGUCAUGUGGCCUUGCAUGUUUUUCUAGAAGGUGUUGUAAAAAUAGUAAGGAUUCAUAUGAUGGCUCACGAUCCCAGAUGCCAUCUAUGGAUGAUAGAAAUGGUGUAUUUGAAAUUCGUUCCAACUUUAAACCAGAUGCUGCUUUUAUUGGAUUUGCUCAAACUGAUGAAAAUGGAUUUGCAAAGCUUGAUUUCAAAUUGACUGACGCUCUCACAAAAUUCAAAGUUACAGCUGUUGUAAAUGCUAAACAAGACAUGUUUGGUAUUGGUAAUUCUGCAAUUACUACCAAUUUACCUAUUGCAGUUAGACCAUCACUUCCAAGAUUUUUGAAUUAUGGAGAUUUAUGUGAUUUGACCUAUGUUUUACAAAAUCAAACAGAUUCUGAUUUGACUCUUUCUCUAGUAUGUAAUGUAUCAAAUCUCAGAAUAUUCAAUGGAAAGGAUAAAAAUCAACGUAAGAAGGGAUAUACUGUUGUGAUACCAGCAAUGGGAAGAAAAGAAAUUAGAAUUCCUGUUCAAGUACUCAAAUGUGGUAAGGCUCUUAUCAAUCUUGGAGUUAGAGUGGUUAGAGCCAUAGCCAAGAAUCCUGAAAAGCAAGAACUUGCCGAUGGAAUGGUUGGAUGGUCAGAUGCUGUCAAGAAUGAUUUCAAAGUUUUUACUCCAGUAACCAAUGAAGCUUUUGCAACGUAUGGAGAUGUUAGUGCAGAAAGUGAAACUAUUGUACAACCAAUUUCACUUCCAUCCAAGAAUCUAUUGGCACACUUUGGUGAAUUCACUGUUAGUACUUCAACAACAGCUCUAUCUACAUUGACUGAUUCUCUCAUUUAUCUCUAUUCUUAUCCAUAUGAGUGUAAUGAGCAAAUUGCAUCAAAGAUUUUAGGUAUAGUUUGUAUGAAGGAAAUGAUCUUACAAUUCUACACACCUGAAGAGCUUCAAAGAUUGAUGGAAAUUUCUGGAGAGGAAGAAGUUAACACAUUCAUUAAUUCCAACCUUGCUAGAUUAUUUGAUCGUCAAAGAUAUGACGGAGCAUUCUCAUAUUGGGAUAGCAAGUUAAUUGGAGACCCAUUCUUAACAUGUCAUGUAGCUCUCUGUUUUGCAAAAUGUAAAUCUGAAGGUUACAAAAUCCCAGAUCAAAUAUUAUCAAGAACCAAAUCCAUUUUGAAGAAUAUUUCAAGUUUAUUCUUCUUUGGAUUCCUUUGGCCAAGAUGUAUUAAGGAUACAAUCAAAUCAUAUGCCUAUUAUAUUUUAUCAUUGUUAGCUGAAAGUGAAUCUGAUAAGGGACAGGUAAUUUCUCUGUGUGAAGGAAUUCUUGAUCAUUAUAAUAGCAUUACUGAAUUGACACAAGAAUUAUCCCCAGAGACUGCUGCCUACCUUGCUAUGGCCAUUCAUAAAUGUAAGAAGGAACCAGUAACAGAAGAAAAGAAGGGCUUCUUUGCUAAAUUUACUAAAGAAAAGAUAACUAUUCAUCAAUGGUUGGAUGCUAUCAAAUCAUACUUUAAGGAAAAUGUAACAAUUGACUCUGGAAUUUAUGCUCACUUUAUUACUCGUUAUGAAGAUAAUGAACUCGCUCAAAUGGUUAUGUUGCAUUCAAAUACCAGAACUGAUGCUGUUGUUUUGGGUUGUUUGAUGGAAAUUGAUAGAGAAGACAGUAGUGAUAUUAUUCAAAAAUUGGUGAGAAGUUUGUUGGCUGCCAGAAAUGCAAACAGAUAUGGUCGUUGGUAUAAUACUCAAGAAAAUUCCAUCUGUCUCAUGUCACUCACUGAUUAUUUCAAGAUAUUUGAGAAGGAAAUUCCAGAUAUGAAUGUCAAUACUUGGCUAGUAGAUAGUACUAGACCAGAGGAAACUGUAUUCAUGGGUAAUCAAUCUUGGAAGGGAAGAAGUAGAGAAAAGAAAACUACAUCAUUACCACUUGUUGCCUUUGUUCCACGAAGUGAUAUUGAAAAGGAAGUUGUUAAUCCAAAUGAAAGUGAUUCCAAAAAGUCAUUCUUGUUGACAAAGAAUGGAGCUGGAAGGCUUUACUAUAGAAUUGCUCUUUCAUACACUCCUGAAGAAUUGGUUCUCAAAGCUCUUGAUAAAGGAUUUUCAGUUUCCAGAGUUUACGAAGCAAUUACCAACCCAGAUGAUGUCAAGUUUGACAAGUCAACAAAAACAUGGAAGGUAAAAUCAGGAGAAUUAGUCAGAGUAACAGUUACGAUUUGCAAUCCAACCAGAAGAUACAAUGUAGCCAUGGUUGACAAGAUGCCAGCAGGUUUCGAAGCUGUCAAUCCAGAACUCGAUACACAAUUUACUGAUUUUGGAAAUAGUGGCAAUGAAGAAGAUUUAGCAAACAAAUACUAUUACAAAUGGUUCGAAAAUCAAAACAUUAGAGAUGAAAGAGUUGAAGCAUUCAGCAGAAUCUUAUAUGAAGGCUCCCACGUUUACAGUUAUAUAUGCAGAGCUACUACGAUUGGAUCAUUUGUUUCUCCUCCAGCUUAUAUCGAAGAAAUGUACUCUCCUGAAUGCUUUGGAAGAAGUAAGACUGAGUUUGUGCAAGUUUAUGAUAAAAAAUAA